AUGAUCCCGCUGUUUAGGCGAAGCUGCGGGGCGCUGAGAAGUCUUUCUCGUUUUGACUGGAGAUCACAACAUACAAAAACUGUCGUACAACAUGAGCCAGGAUCAGGAUUUAGUUUUGAAUUCACUGAACAACAGAAAGAAUUUCAAGCUACUGCUCGUAAAUUUGCCAGGGAGGAAAUAAUUCCAGUUGCUGCAGAAUAUGAUAAAACCGGCGAGUACCCUGUCCCAUUAAUUAAAAGAGCCUGGGAGCUUGGUUUAAUGAAUACAUGCAUUCCAGAAAGUUGUGGAGGUCUUGGACUUGGAAGUUUUGAUAACUGUUUAAUUAUUGAAGAAUUGGCUUAUGGAUGUACAGGGAUUCAGACUGCUAUUGAAGCAAAUUCUCUAGGGCAAAUGCCUGUUAUUAUUGCUGGAAAUGAUCAACAACAAAAGAAAUAUUUGGGGAGAAUGACUGAGGAGCCAUUAAUGUGUGCCUGUUGUGUAACAGAACCUGUAGCAGGCUCUGAUGUAGCUGGUAUAAAAACCAAAGCAGAAAAGAAAGGAGAUGAGUAUAUUAUUAAUGGUCAGAAGAUGUGGAUAACCAAUGGAGGAAAAGCUAAUUGGUAUUUUUUAUUGGCUCGUUCUGAUCCGGAACCUAAGGCUCCUGCUAGUAAAGCCUUUACUGGCUUUAUUGUGGAAGCAGACACCCCAGGAAUACAGAUUGGAAGAAAGGAAUUAAAUAUGGGCCAGCGAUGUUCAGAUACAAGAGGACUUGUCUUUGAAGAUGUGAGAGUGCCUAAGGAAAAUGUUUUAAUUUGUGAGGGAGCUGGUUUCAAAAUUGCAAUGGAAACAUUUGAUAAAACCAGACCACCAGUUGCAGCUGCUGCUGUGGGACUAGCACAGAGAGCUUUGGAUGAAGCUACCAAGUAUGCCCUGGACAGAAAAACUUUUGGAAAGCUGCUUAUAGAGCACCAAGGGAUAUCAUUUUUGCUGGCUGAAAUGGCAAUGAAAGUUGAACUAGCUAGAUUGAGUUACCAGAGAGCAGCUUGGGAAGUUGAUUCUGGUCACCGAAACACCUAUUAUGCCUCUAUUGCAAAGGCCUAUGCUGGAGAUAUCGCAAAUCAGUUAGCUUCUGAUGCUGUUCAGAUUUUUGGAGGCAAUGGAUUUAAUGCCAAAUAUCCUGUAGAAAAAUUAAUGAGGGAUGCCAAGAUCUAUCAGAUUUAUGAAGGUACAGCACAAAUUCAAAGGCUUAUUAUAGCCCGUGAACACACUGGCAGGUAUAAAAAGUAA